UGUCUUCAUACUUAGUCAUCAGUGGACAUCAGCAUGGAUGUAGGCUAGUAAAGCGAACACAAAGAUGUCGAAUGUAGAUAGAGUACAUACUCGAACAAGGGGCACAAACGGUGAUGGUAUUGACUGAGCUCAUGUGGCCAUCGCUGACACAGUGUCUCCGUGUUUCAGGCCCACAUAACCCCCAGGUGCCCCCCCGCGCUGCAUCUCCCACCCCUUCCGGAAAGCCUUUUGAUCCUGUGACCCAACUCGCCUCUCCUUCCCCUCCUCCUCCCUCAACCUCAAUUCCCUCUUCCCCAAUCCAACACACACUCUCCCCACCCUCACCAAGUGUCAAGCCUCCCCCUGAUCUUGUGUACCUUACAGGAUUAAGGGGGAUGAGACUAGGCCACCAUCAGUCCGUUAGCCGUCUAGAACUCCUGACCAGAGCUUUAGCGCACAGGGCUUUGGCAGACUCCCCUCGGUCUGAGAAGUUUUUGCCCCUCAACCUAUCCCCUGUCAGUUCCAUCCACCAUACUGACAUCAAACCCAUUCCUAACCUGAACCAUUCUUUCAAUAGUAACAGCAGUAUAAACAACAACCACCUCAAUAGUAAUGGCAGCAGUGGUGGGGGAUCUCUGGGUGUGCCGCUGGUGCAGUCGACCAGCAACAUUCACGGAGGGAUGGUACACACAUGUCAACGCUGCGGCAAGACUUACGGAGUGAGGCGUUCACUCCACCGCCAUCAGAAGUUUGAAUGCGGAGUUGAACCUAAGUUUAUGUGUCCUGUCUGCAACAAGAAGUG